CUUUCUUUCCACCACCCUAAUCUGCCCCCCAUUCAAUGGCCGAUAGAUCUCUAUUCGGUGACUCUGAGGGAAACUCGGAUCAACCAGACGGAGAGGACUUCUUUGGCCAAAUCCAGCAGCAACACAAACCGGAUCAACAAGCACCCCCCAAGCGGGAGGCCGACGAUGACUUGACGGCGCGAUGGCAAGCGGCAUUGGCUGGUGACGAAUUAUUGGCCGAUUGUAGCGAGGGAUUCCUGCCGAGUGAUGAUGAGGGGUUCUUGCCUGACUCUGAUGAUGAGACGCCUGUUCAGGAACCAGUUCACAGAUCUGACGGAACUCUUCCGGGAUUUUCUACCGGGAGCACCCCGCAAGCUCCAUCGGCAGCUUCACGGUUCGCUCCGCAAGCACAGAUUCCAACGCAGUCCUCCAUUCAGCCACAAUAUGGUAGGACAUGGCCGGCACAACAACCUCAGCAAACUCCUUACCCAUAUGCCCCUCCGCAGCAAGCCCUUCAAGCAUCUCUAUCCCAUAUCCCUGGCCCCCAACUGACUGCCCCAUACUCUGCCUUUGGAGUUCGACCCCCACCAGCACCUGAAAGGAAAGCCCAGAGCUUUGUGGACAAAAAGGAGGGAUACCAAAGUCCAUAUGAUUUACCUCUGGACAUAGGGCCCCCGGCGGUUAGGAAGAGGUCUUCUAAUCGCCAGCAAUCUCAGAGCACGAUACCGACAGGAAUGGGAAGUAUGGUUGGUCAACCACCCCCAGUAAGAAACAGUAGUAUGGGCACAGUCUUCCCCGCCGGAGCACCUACUCAAGCUCAACAGCCACAAGGACCUCCUAAACCAAGAUCCGUGCCGCAGAAAAAGUUCUUUGAAGAGCUGCCCCUUAUACCUCCAAAGCAGAGAGCAACCUCAGCGUUAGGGAGACAUCCGGAACCAAUGAAUCGGGGCCCCUCCGGGGCUGGCAGUUAUCAAGCGGCACCUCCGAGACCCGAGAGCACACAAGGAUUUUACCACAGCCCACAGAAACCAUUUGCCCAACCCCUCAUGGGAUCAGCCCAGCGGAUGGACGCGCAGUUGGCUACUGCGGCAAGUAGGUACUCGCCUGCCCCACGAACGACUUAUGGUAUGUACACCGCACCUCCCCCCCCGGCAGCAUCCGCAAGGUAUUCUCCCGCAUCGGGCACAACGAUGGGUUACCAAUCCCCUCCUAAUACGACCCACCCUCCGGCCCCGGGUGCGGCCCCAUACGCUUCACCUGUGAAUGCCCCCCCAGCUGGUGGAGUCAAAUAUGCACCUCGGCCCGCAGGACCACCCCAGGUCGGAAAUCGAGUUCCAUCUGGUGGAUUCGUCCCACCUCCACAUCAAGCUCCAACCGCACAGCAGCCUUUGAUGAGCCCGCCACCAAUGACCCCCCAAGGCCCCUCGUAUCAAGAUUCAUUUACGGCAUCUCCGCCCUCACAACAUCCCCAUUCCCCGGAGGAUCCAUCUCAUAGCCAUCCAAGACGGCUCUCUGGCGAGCAUCAUGCUAUGCACUCGUCGCGCCCAGGGACUGCGAGAUCUGUGCAGGCUUCGGCAAUGGAUAUACCUAGAGAAGAGGAAGAAGAAGGUGCAACUAACCCACCUCAGACGCUCCAGAAUAAUGGAUGCCCUUCACAGUUGCCACAACCAGGCGUCCCUCCGCCUGCGCAAAGCCGGUAUGCACCCUCAAGGGAUCCCGGGAGAGAUUCGCCCGCUAGUUUACCUUCGGUUACUCGCCAAAAUACCUUUACACCUCCUCUUCCUCCUCCUCCUCCUCCUCCUUCAACACAGUCACCUAAGUAUAAUCCUAAUGCGCUCCCUCAGAGGGCAAUCUCUCCCGAAACUACCUUCCAGCCACCUCCAAGAGCACAAACCCAAUCACCUGGCAUGGCUUCUAAGACAACCCAAAGGCCAAGAGAUCCAUAUGAACGACCUAGCUCUGCCUUCGCUCAUAGUAGCUCUUUGUCCUAUGGCUCCGUAGAUUUCCACCGACGUCAACAAUCUCUAGGGCAUAAUUUUAUGGCGCCAAAUGACGAGACUUUUCAAGAUGUCUUGCAGAGGUGGCAUGGUGCACCGGUGUUUUGUUGGGGGUUUGGUGGGAGUAUCGCUUACACAUUUCCUAAACGGGCGCAAAGGUAUACUUCUGAUAUGCAACAGCAAGUGAUCAAAUGCUCUCCCGGAGAAGUCAAGAUUAGAAGUAUUAAGGAAAUUUUGCCAUUUGAGGAACCAGAGGGUAAAUUUCCUGGACCAGCGUGGUCAGGUUCUAGGAGUACGAAUAAGGCAAAGAAGAAGGAGCUAAUGACUUGGUUCACUGACAAGAUUGAGGAUUUAGAGAAAAGGGCGCAAGGGGAAGGAACAAGAGCGGAGGAGAAAGUAUUAUUGUGGAAGAUCGUCAGGAUUCUGUUGGAGAAUGAUGGAGUUUUGGAAGGAAACCCAGAAGUUGUGAAGGCUGUCAGGGUUAUCUUGUCACCGGAAACGGUCGGAGAAGAAGGCAUGAGCGAUCAUGGAGCAUUUUCUGCUGCGGGAGAUAUAUCUUCGACCGCACAGGGCCCAAGUAUUGAACGGGCUGAUCCCCAAGCCGUCAAGACUAUUAAGAAUAAUCUCCUCAAGGGUGACCGUGCAGCAGCUGUUUGGCAUGCCGUGGAUCGCAAGCUAUGGUCUCACGCGCUGCUGAUAUCCGGGACCGUUGGUCGUGAUUUGUGGAAGCAAGUAGUUCAAGAGUUUGUGAAGAACGAAGUCAAGACACUCGGUGAGGAUGCAGACAGUCUGGCUGCUCUCUACGAAACAUUUGCUGGUAACUGGGAAGAAUGUGUUGAUGAGUUAGUGAGCGCUAGCGCUAGGAUGGGGAUGCCGAUGCUUGGUGGUGGUGCUUCGCGCAGCGGAAGCGUAAAUAUCGAUGAGAAGCUUGGCCGGUGGAGGGAAACAUUGGGCUUGAUUCUAAGCAAUAGGUCACCGGGCGAUGUAGAGUCAAUAAUGGCACUGGGGAAGUUGUUGGUUGGAUAUGACAGAGUUGAGGCUGGCCACAUUUGCUAUCUAUUUGCUCGCAAAGGGGCCCCGGGUAGCACAGGAUCUGUUUUUAGUGGACACGAUGAUCCGGCCGCUGAUUUCUCGCUCCUGGGCGCAGAUCACCGUCAGGCGCCAUUUGGGAGAGACGCCGACUCGGUCAUGCUUAGUGAGGUUUAUGAACUAGCGGUGUCACUUUGUGCAACUCCGGCCCCAGGCUUUCCCCACCUCCAGGGCUAUAAGCUUCAGCGUGCCAUUGUCCUCGCCGAAAACGGGCAAAAGGGAGAUGCACAGAAGUAUUGCGACUCCGUCACUUCUUCCAUAAAAGCCUGGGAUAAACCUUCCCCUUACUUCCACUCCGGAUUCUUUGGCGGGCUUGAAGACCUCUCUGCUCGCCUUUCCAUGAGCCCUAAGGAUUCGAACCCGAGUGCUGGCCACUGGAUUCCGAAGUUAAGUUCGGAUAUAGUUAGCAAUUCGCUCUGGGGAACAUUUAAUAAGUUUGUUGCUGGUGAGGAGGAGGAAACCUCGAGUACAGUCGGCGGUGAAGGGAGUAUGAUGGAUGCUGUUGCUGGUCCAUUCGCGAAGAUCGCUGGAUCCGGAAACGUAAGCCCUGAGAUUAGUAGGGUUCAAUCCGGUGUCGACCUUUACUCCACAUACAAUAAUACCCCUAGCUACACCUCUGCUCCUCCGAUGGCAGUUAAACCUGCCUCUCAAGCGGCAAACAGAUAUGCUCCAAACAACGCUUACCAACAAAAAAGCAGUCUCUAUGAGCCUGCAGUGAAUCCACGAGCUACUUCGGACACCUAUAAACCUACCGGCUACGACGGAGGAUACGAGCCAAGCUCUAGCCCCUACGCUCCACAACACCAAACAGUCAAUCCUUACGACAGCCCUGUCCCCAGCUCCGUAUCCACUGGAUAUCCAGGAGCAUCUACAUACGAUUCCAGGAGCUCUUUCGAGGAUACAGCAUCGUUAAUAACUAAACCAGAGGCAAUGGAGAAUUCGGCCUCCGAACCUCAUCCACCCAGUGGCGGUUCUCAGCCUCCAUCUGCUAGUGGAUAUGAGCCUCCAUCUACGGGGUUUACCCCUUACGAACCGGGUAAUAGCGACGGUGAAAAUGAGGACGACAAACCUAAGCCGAAAAAGUCAUUUAUGGAUGAUGAUGACGACGAGUUUACGAAAAAGGCUGCUGAGCAGGCAAGGAAAUUGCAGGAAGAGGAAACCAAGAAGGCUGAAGAGGAAAAGAAUGCUGCUCAAGAUGAAGGCAAGAAAGGUUGGUUUGGCGGUUGGUUCGGAAAGAGGGAUCCUAACCAACAAGGACCUAUCAAAGCGAAACUCGGAGAAGAGAGCUCCUUCGUCUAUGAUCCAGAUCUUAAGCGUUGGGUGAAUAAGAAGGCUGGUGAUACUGCGACAGCUGCCCCGAAGCCGGCGCCACCACCGAAGCGGGCCUCAACACCUGCCUCUCAACCAUCCUCCACCCCAUCGACACCCGGAUUUCCACCCUCGGGCACUUCGUCCGCACCGCCCACAUCUGGACUUCACGCCCCUCCGCCCCCAUUCGGAAGGUCACCAACUCCCUCGUCCAUGCCCUCAACAUCUGCGCCCCCGCCUCCUCUGGGGCCCCCUGCAUCCACGCCUCCUGCUACGGGCCCACCGGGUGCAGGUCCUCCAAGUCGCCCGCCAACAUCCAUGAGCCAGCGUGCAACAACGGGAGACACGAUUGACGACCUCCUUGGUCCCCCGGGCGCACCCGUUAGCAGGAAGAGCACGCCUGGGGGUGGAAAGAAGCGUGGGAAGAGUCGGUAUGUUGAGGUUAUUCCGGGGCGGUCGUAAUUGGGUCAGAUGAUUGUGAUUGGCACGUGAUUGUACAAAAGUCUCUUUCCUUUUUAAUGUGUGGUAUGGAUUAGGUGGGGGGGGUACCUAGAUUUUCUUUUGUUCUGUAUGUGAUGGACGUGGGUUGCGCAAGUGCUCUUUGUUCUUAACUGGGUUAACUGCAUUUGAUUGGUAAUCAAGGGCCUGUUUGGUAUGUUUCGACAUUUUUAUGAUUAUACUUCUGAAAACAGUUUAUUUCCUAAUGCUCAAAGCAAUCGAGCUCCGAUGAAAGAGUCAAAUACCAUUGCGAGAUAG